AUGGAGACAACAUCCACACUCUCCACCUCAAUGGGUGAAAAGCUAAAGGACGCAUCCCAAUGGAGGACGUGGUUUGCACGCGUUGAGCUGUAUGCGAGCGAAAGGAUGGUCUGGGAACUAUGUGACCCAGAUACGCCCGUCGACGACCUCCCGAGACCGAUGAAGGAACCGCACGAGCCGGAAUACCCUCAAGAUGGCGAUUCCAACGAGAAGAAGAAAUGGAGAGACCGUCUCGACGAGAACCUAAGAGAACAAGCUAUUAGCUUCGACCUCGAGGAUCCCAAGAGCACCAGUAGAGACUUCUUGCGUGCAGUCAAGAAUGUCCUACCUCUCUGGUGGCAUGGCAGAUUCCAGGAAAUCCUCAUGGAUAAGAAGGUCUAUGAGACCAAAGACCUGGUUGAAUCUUUCCGUGCGACGUAUCGUGAGAUGGCACCGAAAUCUGCCUCAACGACGACCGUCGGGGUUUUCUCCACCUGGCAGGAUCAUCAGGAGGCCAAACCGAAAGCAAAAGCAGAGCCGAAGCCCCAAGCAAAGCAGGAAAGUGCUCCACAACCUUUUGAGCGGCAAAUAUGCCCCUGCGGUGUCCGUGGACAUAAGGUCAUUGACUGCUUCACCCUGAAUGAAUCAGUACAACCAGAUGGUUGGAAGGUCAGUCAGAAGGUCGCUAAGAGGGCCAAGAAGACCCUCAAAGCAGACCCAGCCUGGAAGCAGUGGGUCGAGGACGCCAUUAAGGAGGCCAACAGCGCAAAGAGAACUGCAAAUGCAGUUAUGAUGCUUUUCCACGCAGGUCCAGACUUAUUCGGACUCGCAGGGCACGGAAUUGCCGUUCCGAGGCCCCGGUUUAUCACCUUUACGGAAGAGGAUAUCCGUUUAACGACCGGAGAUAGCUGGACACCUGCAGAUAUAACUCUGAGCGAUGUUCUGUAUUCGCCAACCUUCCAUAUCAACCUUGUCUCGUAUGCGAAGCUGAAGAGCAAGGGCGGAACCUGGUAUCAGGACAGAGACUGGAUCGUGGACCUAAAUGGGAACCCAGUGGUUAGCCUACAUCUCAAGGAACCAGAGAACCUAUGGUUCUUCGACGAACCUGACACGGUCCAUGCACAUGCCGUACGGCGCUCGGAGCAGCCCAUCGAGGCCGUAGCCACGAAAGAGCUAUGGCAUCGCCGAUUCGGGCACGUCAACGACCGAGUGGUCAAGCAGCUUGGUAAUCUAGUCCAGGGCAUCAAGAUCAAGGACCCGGAGGUCCAGGACGCUUCAGAGAAUGGUCCGGAGCUAUGCGAAACGUGUCAGCUAGGUCGAGCACCCCGGCAGAUAUCGAGAGGGCCUAUCGGACAGUCUUUUGGCCGGUUUGGGCGCGUCCACUUCGACCUAAUCCAAAUUCCGCUCGCAAAUAACCUCCAUCGAUGGAUAUCGCAUUUCUAUGUCGAGGGCAUUAGGUUCCACUGGGUAGCGACGCAUGCACACAAGACAGAGUGUCAGCUUGCCAUCCAGCAGUUUGUACAGCUCGCUAAGAACUGGUGGAACUUGCCAAUCAAAGCAUUCCACUAUGAUAACGAGCUUCCGAAAGAGCUAUGGCCGGAGGCCGCGCGUGCUGCGUGCUGGUUGCUGAAUCGGACACCAACCUACAUCGACGCUGAGGGCCGAUGGAUUGUUCCGUGGGAUGAGGUCCGAAGGGAAUUCACAGGAGACAGGAUGCCAAGGGUCAACCUAUCCUGGGUGAGGCUAUACGGAUGCCUCGCCUACUGUCGCAAUCAAAAGCUCGCGAAAUCGGACAAGAUGCAUCUGCGUGCAGAGGUCGGUUUCCUGGUUGGUUAUAUGGCCUCGAAUAUAUGGAAAAUCUGGUUUCCGCAGCGAGGAAAGGUCGAGCACGUCAGGGACGCUAUCUUCGAUGAAUCUCGACGGUAUAUACCUGAUUACCAACCAUUUCAGCCAGUUCCACUGCCUCUAGUGACAGAGCCAGAGAUCCUGAACAAGGAACAGACGCGGCAGGCGAUAGAGGACUCGAUUAGCACUGGCACGAUGCCAGCGACCCCAGAACGCCCCGGAGAGGGUGAUGAGGGCCCGGUACAACCCGUGGAACAUCAGAGAGCGCAGGAAGCGAUAGUUCCUACGACUUUCGUCGAGAAACAGACCACUGCCGAGCGGGCGUUGCUAUCGCCCGGACGUGCCCGAGAGCCACUUCUAGAGGAUAUCCCUCUGCCCCCAACACCUCCGCGAGAGGAUUACGCUACUGCUGCUGGUCAGGGGGUGGGAUCUGCCGAACUAGAGUUCGUCGAGCAGCAAGACCAGCCACCAGAAGCUGAAGAAGGUGCUGAUAUUGAGGCUGAUGACGCUAAUACCCCACGAUCCGAGCCAGACCGUACAGAAUCUGAGCCAUCGGACGACGCGUCGAACGAGGAACCGAUUGACGAGCCGGAACCGGUCUUGAGCGACAUCUUCAGGCUGAGCUUACAACGCCGUCCCGAGAGAUAA